AUUCGUAUUAUGAUUCAGUUUGGUGGUUGAGCACGUGGUUUACAAUUUUCCAUUGAAUGAGUAUAGUAAUUCAAAUAGUGUCAUCCAUCUGAGGCUGCUUUCGUAAAACUUUUGAGGAAGGGUAGAUGCCGUGUCUUAUCAAUCCUAUAGGAACCAACGAUACUCGUCAUUCGUAUGGGUAACCGGACAGAAGGUGUAUUCCUUGUAUGUUUAGAAGUGUUUACUUGCUGAUAAAAAAAAUCCACUUGCGAGAAGACACGGAGCAAAUAAGUCACAGGCUCUCUUUGGAGAGCAUAGAACACUGUGUGUAACUCGAAGCCAAUAGUAAGUCAGCACAUUUGCAAUCCUGAGAAUUAGUAUUUAAGACGCUGCUUAGUGAACCGGUUUGUUUUGUUCCAUCAUUCCACAUCGCAGGCAUUAUAUAAAUAGAUAUACCCAUUGCUUUCUUCUGUCGAGUACCUUAAAACGCUACAUAGUGCAUCCAUUACUGGAAAUCAGAUUGCUGGAAUAUUGUGCAGAUUUGUGGUUGGAUUGUUAGAUAUCGAAAAGUGUUAGUUUUCUUCUCGGAAACAUAGUGCAUAAGUGUUCUUACUACGAAAACAAUCAUCUGUCUAUGGUGCGUAGCGUAUGAUUUCAGCGCUUUGUGAAUGGUUCAACCUUAUCUGCCAAGGUUACCAAUAAUCGGAAAGGCUGUGAAAAGUGAAAUCAUCGUCGUCAUUAACUGACAUCGAGACUACAAAUCGAGUUCUUCCUUUCGGAGAUUAGUUGCACGACCGUCGUCUGUCUGCGGAGUCGUAUCAGACAAUUCAUCAUCGUAAAACAUCUACUACGUACUGCGCCAGAAGCACAUAGCUCCACUAUCAAUUAUUGCGAAACAAAUUCAAGCCGAAAAAAUGCUAUCGCAUCUAUUGAAGGAGAAUGCCAAAGUGACGGUCAGCACCGGAAAUGUGCUGAACGUGAGCGAUCUUCGGAAGAAAGCUGGCCAGAAACCAACCGAUGAGUUGGUUGACUCUCUGCGGUCGACAUUCGCGGAGGCUGAAGUGAUCGAGUCCGAUGGGUCCCAGCUGGUGACCCGGAAGAACAAUGACCUGCAGGAGAAGAUGAAGGAACACACGCGGGCCGAUAUCAAAAUCGGAGCGAAGAUUUUCCUCAACCACUACUCGGAGACCUGUUUGACGGAGGCCGUCGAGAAGCUGUUCGAAACGUUGAACGUCUCCUAUUUGGACAAUCUAAUUUUGGCUUUCCAUCCGCGGGCGGCGGAAACCAAUGGCAGUGAGGAAAUCAACGGGGAAGUGAAGGAAGGUGUCAUCGAAUGGGCCGUGGGUAGUGACAAUGCCGUGGGGAAUCUGCGGAAGCUGUGGAGCAUUCUUGAACAAUACUCGACAGAUAAAAAGAUCGGCCAGCUGGGUAUUGCGGAUCUGGAUGUGGACUCGCUGAAGGAUUUGUUCGAAGGAUCUUCGGUGCAUCCAUCGAUUGCGCAGAUCAAUUUGGCCGCUUGCUGUGUGGUGCCACCGCAGUUGCAGGAAUAUUGUCUGAAGAAUGAGAUUCAACUGCUGACGCAUAGUGAUCCACAAGAACUUCUACCACGUCAUGUGUUGGACGACCUGGAGCUAAGCGCCUACCGAGCAGCCUGGACCACCCGUUACCAAGUGCACAUCAAAUGCCGAGGGGUACUAGCGGCCAAGGGAUUCAUCGUCAGCCUUUCCCGCAAAUAAAGUUACCAUCGGCUAUACACAAACAUAUUUCUAACGAACAAAGAAAACAUUCAUAACAUUCAUGUUUAUUGGUCAAAAACGUGUCAAGUAGAUUAGUUAUUGCUUAGCUUGCAAGAAAACAAAAACCGUAAAUCGGAAGCUUAACAAUCACACACACACACAAAACUAGAACUGUCCAACGAAAACUUAAACCGCGCUGUUAGGGAUAGCUCUUAACUUCGAGGAAGGAUAACAAAUAAGCAGAACACGCUUUCGAUGGCAUAUUACUAUAUUCAUGUUCAGCACUUGUAGCAAGUUAGCUGCCACAAGAAGGGCACCCACCACGCUUACAUUUCUGUUAGUCACUGUGUUAUACGCGUGUAGAUAAGAUUCUCUCGCUGCAAUGAAGUCGUAUAAAAGAGAGCGAAGGAAGCUGGUCGACAUUGAAGGGGCGCUCGCUGCUGGUCGACAUGGUGAGUGGGUUCGGUUCCUCACUACUUGUGUGUUCAGGGCAUUACUGUUGGAUGCUAUUCGAAGCUAGAUUUAUUUUGUGGAAGAUAAUAUACCUCUACAGGAAGUAUCGACGUUAACGAGCACUAGGUUGCAGUACUGUAUUUAAUACAAACCAGAUUAUAUGGGCAAAUUUAGAAGACUAUGUGAUGUAGACAUUAUACAACUUAUUAACAUUAAUAAAUAAGAUGACAUGCAUACCGUAGAGUGAAUCGAACAUGAUGGGAUAAUAGAUUAUGAAAAGGGAAAAUGCAUAUAGUUUUGGAGUAAUUUUUAUACUAAAAAUAAUUAAAAGUCUACAUUUUGCUUCGCAGCUUUUGUUAGAUGUCAUGUUGAAGCAUUUCUUUUUGUCAAUUUAUAGGAGAACAUAAUUUUCAAGCUAAUUUGUGUAAUUUAAAUUUAUUUUAAAGCUUUCAGUAGUUAGUUUUAAAUAUUUACUUAUAUUCUAUUCUGAUUGGGAUAUAAUAAACAAAUGUAGAAGAAGUCGAAAGGAAUAAAAUAAACGGCAAAUGUGCCGAGAACGCAAA